AGUAGAUAUUGUUUAUUAAGUAGGGUUAGGUCUUAAACUUUGUUCUAUUCGACUUAUAUUGUGUAUAAAAUAAUGCAAUAGUCGAAAAAGACUAUUAAAAAAUCGAGUAGAUAUUAUUUAUUAAAUAGGGUUGGAUUUUAAGUUUUGUCCAACUCAUGUCGUGUAAAGCACUUACUUUGUUUGAAAUAACUAAAAAAAAAAUUGAACUAAAGAGAACUAAACAUAAACUUCCAUAUAAUACAAUUUUAUUCUCCACAUACUAAUUAAACCCCUGUCUUCACCUAUAUAAAUACUACCUGAGCCUUUUCCCAUACAUCACUCCCAACCAUACAUUCACAUGCUUUUAACUUUGUCUUCACUACUACUAUAAGAACUCCUACAACUAACAAACACUACAACAAAUAAAAUCAACUCCAUAAUAUAAAUUUCUAGGCUUAUCUUUUUACCCUUUCAAUUUGCUUUAUUUCAACCAGGAUAGAUGAUGAUUAUGUUAGUGCUACUAGUGCAGUUUUUGAUUAGUGUUUGUAACGGAGAAAGCUUUGAUCAAGAUUUUAAGAUAACAUGGGGAAAUGAUAGAGGAAAGAUUAUCAAUAAUGGACAACUUUUAACUCUAACUCUUGAUAAUCUUUCAGGUUCUGGUUUUGAAUCUAAUAAGGAGUUUCACUUUGGUAAGAUUGAUAUGCAAAUCAAGCUCGUCCCUGGCAACUCUGCUGGAACUGUCACCGCGUAUUAUCUAUCGUCUCAAGGAGAUACUCAUGAUGAGAUUGAUUAUGAAUUCCUUGGGAACGUGACGGGUGAACCUUACACCGUGCACACCAAUGUAUAUGCUGAAGGGAAAGGGGAAAGAGAGCAGCAAUUUCACCUUUGGUUCGACCCAACUUCUGAUUUUCACACUUACUCCAUCCUUUGGAAUCCCCAAACUAUCAUAUUUGCCAUAGAUGAGAUACCCAUAAGAGAAUUCAAGAAUAGAGAACAAAUGGGCAUCCCAUUCCCAAAGACUCAUGCAAUGAGACUCUACUCGAGCAUAUGGAAUGCUGAUCAAUGGGCAACUCAAGGAGGCCGGAUCAAAACCGACUGGAGCCAAGCUCCGUUUAGUUCAACCUACAAGAAUUUUAAGGCCGAAGCUUGUGUUAGGUUCGGUGGAACAACAUCUUGCCAUCCUCAAACCGUUAACUGGAUGACACGGAAGCUUGAUGGUUCGAGCAUAGAUAGGCUUAAUUGGGUGAGGAAGAACUUCAUGAUUUAUAACUAUUGCAUUGAUAACAAGAGGUUCCCUCAAGGCCUUCCUAAGGAAUGUAACGCCAUCGACUAAGUAAAUAAAAUCAAUACCAUAUAAUAGUAUGUUAAUUUCAUUUUCUUGUGUUUCUCUUUAAUUUUAAGGUUAAUAUAAAUAUGUUGUUUAGUAUGGUAGAUCUGGUACAUCGUUGUUGUAAAGGGUUAACAUGCAUGCAAAGUAAUAAGUUUAACCCUUUUGCAAUUUUAGUUUGUAUUUAGUGAUGAUCAAUGAAGACAUAGUUAGUUAUCUAAGCUAUCAUCUUCAGUAUAUCUCAACUUGCAAGAAUUGCAACAAUAGCAUUUUAGUUUAAACAUCACUAGCUAACACGAACAUAGAGUAAGGUAUAUCGAGUGCACUUCAAUUCUACUCAUAAAUAAUACGAAGUACUCGUACUAUCUUUUUCUUUUCCUAUUCAUAUGAUUAAAGUAACCUAUUUUUCCAUGGCGUCUCCUAUCCUUUGAUCUCAUCCCACUCUCCUUCAUCAUACAUCCCCAUCCUCCAUCAUGGUUGCUUAGGAGGCACCACCCAACAACUCAUUAAAACUCAACUUCGACAGUUCAAUUCUCAACAACUCUGUAGCAGCGACAGAAAUCAUCAUUAGAGACAACACUGGGAUAGUUAUUGGAGCGCGCACUUUCAAUCUCGGCAAUACCAAGGUUUUCAUAGCAGAAAAGCUACUUCACUUCACAAAGGCAUUCUUCUAGCUCUGGAGAAAAGGAUCAAGAAUAUUCACAUCGAAGGUGAUAAUUUGCUAGUCAUCAACUCAGUUAUAGGUACUUGGUCGAUUCCAUGUAUGGCAGAUCGAGCAUAUCAUUACAGACAUACGCUACCUUCUUAGCAAAUUCGACAAUUGGAACAUUCGGCAUAUUUAUCGAGAGAUAAAUAGAGCAGCAGACUGGGUUGUUAAUGUGGGUCAUUUAGUUAUUGAUAGUAUGGACAUUAGUCUGUGUAACAACUCUUCUUUAAUUCCUAUCCUCUCUUCAGACGCAUUAGGA